UCAUUUGUUUGGCAGAUGCCCAGGAAAAAGAAAGUUUUCAUCGGCAGUCGCCGGAAGGGCUACUCUUCCUCUCUCUCUGACAUUCUUAUUCAUCAGUUCAAUCAACUGUUCUCGACGAUUGCAGUUCAAGAGAUGCACUGUGGGACAAAGCAUGGAAGUCAUUCUUCAUUGACCUCACCGAUGAACCCACAGAUACCCCAUGCCUGGAAGAAGCGAAAGAAUCUGAUGGUUGUUCGGCUGAUGAAUUCUUUGGGUUUAUUUGACACAAUUCACCAGUAUCAUCCGGACAACAAUGUAGAUGAAUUUGUUGAUGGCAUCCUGCGAUACCAGCAAUAUUUAACAUUAAAAAAGGAGCUGUUUCAGCAUGUAGAUGAGCUAGGCAAUUUUACAAUUGCAAGAAACAAGCGUGAAAACAUUACUAUUGUGCAGUUUUAUGACUGACGUAGGCUCAGUCCAGCUUUCAGUAGUCAUCAAGCCAUCCGUUACAUCAGCAAUAUAUGCACAUCGACGUGACUUUGGCCCAACUCAUGAAUUCUGGAUUGGUUUACCUGCACUUUUCUCCACUCUAAGAGAUAUGAAGAAACUUUUAUCAAAACUGUCUACAUACCAUGUUUGCGUUGGCAAUUAUGAAGACAGAUUUGCAGACUUGAUUCCAGUUGGUGCAGGCAUAAGUGAAGGAGCUAUUUCAACAAUAUCUGCCUAAUAAUUUAACAUGUAAUAAAGUACAUGAGAAGAAAUUAUGGAAAUUAAAGUCCAAUGUACAGUUCACUUCAUGGAUAUCUAAAAUAUCUGUUAAUGAAGUUAUAUCAAGAUUGUGUUCAGAUUUGUAUGGUUUUAUGUUUUACAUUCACAAUCAGUCCUAAAUGGACAACAUAACUAUGCAGGUUGUGUUGCAAGAAGUUUAUAAGUUAUCAUUUUCCCUUAUUUUAUCAUGACUACAAUUAAUAUAUUUUUCUGUUAUCAUUAUUCUUCCUAAUGAAGUUUGAUUAUGAGUUUACCUGGGCUUAGACAGUACCUACAACCUGUCUUAUGCAACAACAAAAAUGAAAAAUGAACUCAUUAUUCAACAUUAUAUUUAUAUCAUAAAAUUAUCAUUUGUUUUGUAGAUGCCCAGGAAAAAGAAAGUUUUCAU